AUGGAUAAUGAGCGAGUGAACGCGCCUGUGCUGGGCACCGACCGUGUGCGAGUGGCGGUGCGAGUGCGGCCUUUCAGCCAGAGAGAGAAGAACUCUGGGAGCAAAUGUGUGAUUUCCAUGCAUUCCAAAAGCACCACCACCAUCCAAGACCCCAAGAAUGCAGAGCGUGUCAAAACCUUUACCUUUGACCGGGCGUACUGGUCUCAUGAUGGAUUUCAAGAAGACAAAGACGGUGUCCUUAUUCCAUCUGACCCAGCCAGAAGAUUCGCAGGCCAGAACGAUGUUUUCCGUGAUAUUGGGAGGGGAAUUCUAGACAGUCGCUACAAUGCGACUCUCCUGGCUUAUGGCCAGACUGGCUCUGGAAAAAGCUACUCCAUGAUUGGAUUUGGCACAAACAAGGGUAUUAUUCCAAGAGUGUGUGAAGAGCUCUUUCAUGCUGUUGAGGACCAGGAGAAAAAUCAGGAAUGUCAGGUCACGUUCAGUAUGCUGGAAAUCUACAAUGAACAGAUAAGAGAUUUGCUGUCUAGAACCAAAAGUCCUGGAGGGUUAAAAGUCAGGGAAGAUCAACAGCUGGGGUUUUUUGUGGAAGGUCUGAAGUCGGUGCCCUGUGAGAAUUAUGCACAAAUUGAAAAGCUGAUGGAACAGGGAACAAAAAUCAGAACAACAGCUACGACCAACAUGAAUGUCAGCAGCAGCCGGUCCCACAUGGUCAUCACUAUACAGUUCAAACAGGGUCAGAUGUCAGCUCCACCGCCUAGGCCUCCCACUCUCUGGCAAGGUUUCUCCAGGGCUGAUCUGGAGCAGGAGCGUGGGCAUUCCUGCACAGGCGUCCAGUAUUCCACACUAUCUUCAGCUCGAGGUGCUCUGGCAGAAGUGGCCAUGGGAAAGAAAGUCUUACACAUUCCCUACAGAGAUGUUCUGACCAAACUUCUCCAGUCAGCCCUGGGCGGGAACAGCAGAACUACUUUGAUUGCAGCCAUAAGUCCAGCUGACAUCUGCUAUGAGGAAACCUUGUCAACAUUAAGAUAUGCUGAGAGGGCUAAAAAGGUGCGGAACAAAGCUGUGGUCAACACCUGCACGCUGGUGAGAGAGUCCAGGGCAGAGAACACGUUGCUGCUCAGAUGUGGAAACACUGGGGUGGCAGAGCACUCAGCCUGUUUCCUUGCAGAACGGCAGCUGGGAACUCAGGAGACCUGGGCCCACCUGUUGGAACAGGCCCGGAGAGAGUGGGAGCAGCAGUAUGCAGCCAUUGUGCAGGAGCAACAGAUGAUGAAGACCCUCCCUCACCUUCUCAAUGUCAACGAGGAUCUGCAGCUCACAGGGGUCCUCAAGCACUUCAUUCACAAUGGUUCACGUGACAUCGGACAGGCUGCUUCAAAUGCUGUCACUCUUCAAGGCCUGGGAAUUUCAGAUAAACAUGCUUCCUUCACGAAUGUGGAUGGCAAAGUGACAGUUGCUCCAUACAGCAAGUGCAAGGUUGUCGUUAAUGGGGUGCCCAUCACCACCAGCACAAAGCUGCAGCAUUUGGACCGCAUCAUCUUGGGAUCCAACAGCGCCUACCUCUACGUGGGGUUUCCUUCAGAGCGAGGCGGUGAGGACUUGAGCAAAUUCGAUUAUGACUUUUUCCAGCUCGAGCUGGCAGCUGCUGAGGGAGUGAGUGUGGACAUGCUUGGUCCUGUGAGCAGGGGAGAUGGCCGAGCCAACCCCAGUGUCCUGGCUGUGUUCCAGGACUAUAUCAAACUCAUGCCACUGGUUGCGGAAGCAAAUCAAAUGAGUGAAGAGCUGGAGAAGGGGCUUAAAAUGGAAUUGAAGGUGAAGAAUUUAGCAUCGUCAGAUUCCAGGGGCUAUGACCUUCAAAAAGAGGUCAUGGUGAAGGUGACCAAACAAAGGACUCACGAGGUCUGGGUCUGGUAAAGGAAAUUCCUAAUGGAGGAACUUUACCAGCGCUUUCUAGAGGGAGAAGACAGUCAUGUAACUCAAGACGACGACCCCUUCUGGGAUCCUGUGGAGGUUGUCCACUUGGGCUCAGCACAUAUCUGGCUGCAGUCACUGGCCUACUGCAUGAAGCUCGAGGAACAGGUGGAGUUUCUGAACUGCGAAGGGCUGGAGGAGGCCAUGCUGCACAUCCACAUCGUCCCCUGCUCCCCUGAAGGACGAGCACAUGAUGAGGAAGAAGUGGUUAUUGACCCUUUGGAGCUACGGGGCAAGAGGAUUGACUUCCAGAUUCACAUUGUCCAGUGCCUUGGUGUCAAAUGGCUGAAGGAGGAUGCAAGGCAAGGUGUUCAGAUGGGGUACAAAAUUUACGAUCUUCCAAAAACUUUGUAUACUAAAGCUGUUUGGAAAAGUGUGAAUCCCCAGAUUGAAGAGACUGAGUUUGCAGCCUUAAGUGCAUCUCAGGAGUUUCUUGAUUAUUUGCAGACAAAUGCCCUCAUUGUUGACUUGUGGGGCCUUCAAGAAGGAUGUGCUGAGUUGGGCUUCUCUCAGUUGGACUUCCUGCUCACAGGUGAAGGCCACAUCAUGGUAGACACCAAGAAAUUUCCCAGUGUGAAGGAUAGGAGCCAGACCACAUCAAACCAGGUGUCAGAACUUUAUCAGAAGCUGUUCAAGUUGGAGCAGGAAACAGAGCUACUCAGAGAUGUUAACAGAGCCCUGAGAGAGGAAAACAUGUCUCUCAAGGAAUCACUGGAGAAAACCAGUUCUGCUCAACAGGCCCAGAAGCCUUCUGAUAAUCCAAAGAAAACUGGGAUGACAGCGCAACUGCCAUCAGCCAGACAGAUUAGCCAAAUGUGCACUCAACAAGCCAGCUGCGACAGAGAGCUGGCCAGAGCCCUGAAGGUGUUCUACCAAGGCAUGAACGCAGCCAGGGGACAGCUCCUCAGACUGAGACAGUACAGACCUCCUGAAGAUGAUGAAAUGCUUAGACCAUUUAUACAUCAACAGUCACAAAUGUUAAAGGAUGUGGGGGAACUGCUUGACUCCAGCUUGUGGAAACUGAAGAAUGAUGUUGCUCUUAUAGUGAGAAAGAAGAAAGAAUACAUAUUGCAUACCAAACAGUGAGGACACGAGCUGUAGGAAACAAAUGGCUGAAAAGGCCAGUGUGUGUUUAGACAACAUGGCACUGAUCUGAGUAUCCAGGCAUGGGCCAAGAGGGCUAACUCUGGACGGCAAUGAGUCAGAACAGAAUGGCUGACACCAGGGACACCUGGUAUCACCAGGACCCCAAAAAUAAUGUUAUAUAACUCUUUUUGGCAGGAUGCUACUUUUGUGCGAUUCCAUAUAAAUAUGAGCUGGAGGUCAGAGGCCAGAGCCCUCCACCUUCGCCAGCCUGUUUGCCUGUAGAUCUGUGUGCCUAUCUCUAUGCAGCCUGUGCCUUCCUGUGUGCGGCCCCCAUGUGCCAGAGUGUGCCUGGGUGCCUGCCAGCAGCUGAUUGCCUGGUGGCAUUUGUGCUUGUGAAUAAAGUGUUUUCUCUGAGGCUCUUCUCCAUCUCUUUAACCUCCUGGCCUCCUGUGACCCUUGUUCUUUCUUGGCAUUGGAGCUUGGACCUCUCACACAAGUGAAAACUGCAAAUAUUUGUGCUUGGAGUCAAUGAGCUCAGUUAGCUGCUUCUACCAUUUUAAAGUAAAACUUCAGUUGCUUUUUUUCCUUGAGAAAAGUCUUCUAUGUAGUCCAGACUAGACUAAAUUUACAGUCUUAACUCUGACAUUGGGAUUACAGACUUGUGCCACCCCUGGACUGCACCUUAACUGAUUUCAAAAAAUGUAUAUUUUAUUAUUUUUAUUUUAUGUGUACGAGUGUAUUGUAUGUAAGUGU